AGCGGAGCUGGCGGGACUGUGCGGUGUGACGUCAGCGGCUGCGCGGAGCCCUCACUUUAUUAUGUUGAAGUGAAUGAUGAGUGCGGUAGAGCAUUCCCCGUAUCCGGAGGAGAAGCUUCAGAGGCUGGAGAAGCAAGCCAUCUGCCGAGAAGCGCAGCUAUCCACCUUGCUUGCAAUAUUCGGAGAGCGGUCACACUUAAGCUUUCCAUCUCUUUUUAUUUACGGCCACACUGGCACUGGAAAGACGUACAUCCUGCAGACAGUGCUGAGCACGCUAGAGCUUCCUCACGUCUUUGUGAGUUGUGUCGAGUGUUUCACAGCCAGACUUCUCUUUGAACAAAUACUUAACCAGCUUUACAACCACUGCCCUGGUCCUGAAAAUGACUUUUCUUCUUACGAGAGAUGUGACACUUUUAAUGAGUUUGUCCGCUUCUACAAGAGGGCGACGGCAAGUCAAGGAUUAGAAAAUGAGACCGUUUACAUUGUCCUCGAUAAGGCAGAUGUACUCCGGGAAAUGGAUGCAAACCUUUUGCCAGGAUUCCUCAGGCUUCAGGAACUGACCGGUAAUAAUGUAACUGUGGUUUUCCUGACUGAAAUAGCCUGGGAAACAUUCAGACCAAACACAGGCUGCCUUGAGCCGUUGACCAUAUAUUUUGCAGACUACAGUAAAGGUGAUCUUCAGAAGAUUCUGUCCAGUGACCAUCCUGAAGAAUACUCACCUGAAUUCUUUGCAUCGUACAUCAAUAUUCUGCUGGGAGUCUUUUACACCGUCUGCAGGGACAUAAAAGAGCUCCGGCAUCUGGCUGCACUAAACUUUCCAAAAUUUUGUGAACCUGUGGUUAAAGGAGAAGCAAAGGAAACUGACGCUCAUAAAUUGUGGAGGAAUAUCGAGCCACAUUUGAAGAAGGCCAUGCAGACUGUUUAUCUCCGGGAGAUAUCAAGCUCUCAGUGGGAAAGAAUCCAACAAGAAGACAGGGAAGCAUCCCAACUGAAAGGACUGUCGGCACAUGCUCACGUAGAAUUGCCGUAUUACUCCAAGUUUCUCCUCAUAGCCGGCUAUUUAGCUUCCUACAAUCCCGCAAGAACAGACAAAAGAUUUUUUGUAAAGCAUCAUGGGAAAAUUAAGAAAACAGAUUUUCUGAAGAAGCAUGAAAAGACUAGCAACCAUCUUCUGGGCCCCAAGCCAUUCCCUUUGGAUAGACUGUUGGCAAUUCUGUACAGUGUUGUGGACAGCAGAGUGGCGCCCACUGCCAAUAUUUUUUCCCAGAUAUCAUCUCUUGUGACUCUUCAGCUUUUAACUCUGGUGGGCCACGACGAUCAGCUUGAUGGACCCAAGUACAAAUGUACUGUGUCAUUGGAUUUUAUCCGAGCUGUAGCAAGGACUGUGAAUUUUGAUAUUGUCAGAUAUUUGUAUGAUUUUCUAUGAACCUCAAUUUCAAUUCCGACUGAAAGCGAAGACCUGAUACAGUAUUUAAGAAAAUGGCACCAUUCGUGGUUAAAAAUGUUUUGCAUUGUUCCAUUUGUAAUAAAAUAAGUCUAAA